GUGGGACAAAGAUAGUUACAAUUUUGUUCGCUGUCCAGAUAUCUCUAUCGAAACCUUUACGUUUAAACAGGAUGAUUUACCCAGCGAUAAACAAUGGAGAAAUCCUUCUGACCUUGAAGCUUGUAGCAUCUGUCUCCUAGAGAUCUUAUCGAAAGUUGGAAGGUAUAAAUAGGUUACAGUCCUGAUGCAACCCCUAACUCCACUCUCCCUGAUGGCGGUGGUUUCCGCCCCUUCGCCUAAAUGAUUAGAAAACAUUAAGUGAGAUGCGAAUCUCGCCAAAGGCCCACCGACUAAAUACUCCCGCCACUCAUCAUCCUCAUCAUUCCUAUUACACAGUACCAGCGGCAAUUCUCCGUUGGAACGCGGCGGCAUAAUGACCCACUUCGGAUGUUUGCGAGAGCUUGACUACUCCGGAGUGGUGUCAAGGUCCACAGUCUUGGUUACGGACUCGGUAGAAACCCCUCCUUCUCUUUCUCUCCUGCUUGUCCUUCCUCCUACCCUUCCAUCUAUCAGCCGGUAAAUAUAAAAUGGAAGCAUCCCCGACACCUCAUCCGCUACUCCGGAUCGGUACGCGACGAUCCAACCUGGCCAUGGUCCAGGCGGAGGGCAUCCGUGAUUGCCUGCAAAAGAUUGCCCCGGAUCGAUCGUAUGAAAUUCAAGCCCUCCGCACGCAGGGUGAUCGAGAUCAGUUGACGGCGCUGUAUAACUUUGGCGCCAAGAAUCUCUGGACUACCGAGCUGGAGGAAAAGCUCAAAUCCGGUGAACUAGAUGUCAUUGUGCACUGCCUGAAAGACAUGCCGACGAGCCUUCCCGACUUCUGUGAGCUCGCAGCUAUUCCGCCCCGUGAUGAUCCUCGGGACGCCUUGAUUGUGAAGGCCGGCCUGCCUUACACGAACUUGCAGAGCCUCCCCGAGGGCGCUGUGGUAGGCACUUCAUCCGUCCGGCGCUCAGCACAGCUUCGCCGUCUCUAUCCCCAUCUCCGCUUUGCCAAUCUCCGCGGCAAUGUCGAGACUCGUCUCGCUAAGGUGGACGACCCGGAUAGUGAGUACACCUGUAUGGUGAUGUCUGCCGCGGGCCUUCACCGGGUAGGCCUCGAUUAUCGGAUCAACCAAUACCUCGGCUCUAAGGAUGGGGGCAUUCUCCAUGCCGUCGGACAAGGCGCUCUAGGUUUGGAAAUUCGCAAGGGAGACCGUAAGAUGCAGGAAUUGCUGGGCCAACUAGCUGACCAAAAUUCCACUCUUGCUUGCCUCGCCGAGAGGUCUCUUAUGAAAACCCUUGAAGGUGGAUGUAGUGUCCCCAUUGGCGUGGAAACAAAGUGGGUGUCUUCGGAAGACUUGAGCAUGCACGCUAUAGUUGUUAGCUUGGACGGUACUGAGAGUGUCGAGGACACCAUUGUCUUGAAAGUCCAAACUGCGGAUGAAGCAACGGCGCUCGGAAAAGAACUCGCGUCACGAAUGGUCAAUGCUGGUGCAGGGGAGAUUUUACACAGCAUCAAUGCCAACAGGCCUCCCAAGGACUGAUUAUGGGUUACGUUUCAGAGCUCUCUUGCUGGUGCUUUUCGUACUCUACGGAGGGGGAAAGGAAACGGGAUUUCUGUAGUUCUUUCUGG